GGGGUUUGUUGGGAAGGCGCUGGCCGGGCCCUACGCUCUGUCAGUGGCGGCUGCUGCCUGCUCCAGAGCUAGGCUGCGCGGCGGCGGCCGAGGCUGGCAGGGGCGGACGCCAGGGCCGGGCUGUGCCGGCUUCUCACAGUUGUGAAUACCUUUGGACAAUUGAUGAUAUUUAUUAUUGUACCCACUUUCUUCAAAUAAAAGAUGGGUGGAUUAUUUUCUCGAUGGAGGACAAAACCUUCAACUGUAGAAGUUCUAGAAAGUAUAGAUAAGGAAAUUCAAGCAUUGGAAGAAUUUAGGGAAAAAAAUCAGAGAUUACAAAAAUUAUGGGUUGGAAGAUUAAUUCUUUAUUCUUCAGUUCUCUAUCUGUUUACAUGUUUAAUUGUAUACUUGUGGUAUCUUCCUGAUGAAUUUACAGCAAGACUUGCCAUGACACUCCCAUUUUUUGCUUUUCCACUGAUCAUCUGGAGCAUAAGAACAGUGCUUAUUUUCUUCUUUUCCAAGAGAACAGAAAGAAAUAAUGAAGCAUUGGAUGAUUUAAAAUCCCAGAAGAAAAAAAUACUUGAAGAAGUCAUGGAAAAAGAAACUUAUAAGACGGCUAAAUUAAUCCUUGAAAGGUUUGAUCCAGACUCAAAGAAAGCAAAGGAGUUUGAACCGCCAUCUGCUGGAGCAGCUGUAACUGCAAGACCUGGACAAGAGAUUCGUCAGCGAACUGCAGCUCAAAGAAACCUUUCUCCAAUACCAGCAAGCUCUAAUCAGGGCCCUCCUUCACAAGUUCCAGUAUCUCCUGGACCACCAAAGGACAGUUCAGCCCCUGGUGGACCCCCAGAAAGGACUGUUACUCCAGCUCUACCAUCAAAUGUAUUACCAAGACAUCUUGGAUCCCCUGCUACUUCAGUGCCUGGAAUGGGUCUUCAUCCUCCAGGUCCACCUUUAGCAAGACCCAUUCUUCCCCGAGAACGAGGCGCUCUGGAUAGAAUUGUUGAAUAUUUAGUUGGUGAUGGUCCACAGAACAGGUAUGCCCUUAUUUGUCAGCAGUGUUUUUCUCAUAAUGGCAUGGCUUUGAAGGAAGAGUUUGAAUACAUUGCUUUUCGAUGUGCCUACUGUUUUUUCUUGAAUCCUGCAAGAAAAACCAGACCCCAGGCUCCAAGACUUCCAGAGUUUAGUUUUGAGAAGAGGCAGACAGUGGAAGGCUCAAGUUCAGUUGGUCCCUUGCCAUCAGGAAAUAUGCUUUCAUCAGAGAACCAGUUUAGUGAAGAAUCUUUAGAAGAACAAGAUGUUCUUGACAAUGAUACAGAGCAGACAGAUGACAAAACAUCAGCCACAGAGCAGACAAAUGAAGUGAUUGAAAAAGCAUCUGACUCAGAGGAACCAGAACAGAAACAAGAAGAGACUGAGAAUGAGGAAAUCUCAAUGAAUGAAGCCAAAUCAAUAGUUUCCAGAGAUGACUCUAUUCCUAAUCCUGAACUAAGUGGAGAAUCUUUGAUGGCAAAGUAGUAAAUGCUUCCAUGUGCCUUCAACUGGAUAUUUAUAGUCUUGUUGAUGUCAGUUAUUCAGUUAUUGCUUUUUAUGCGGUACACUUUUUUCCCCCCCUUGGGCCCUCUAAGGAUAUGCUUGGUGUCAUUUGAAUUCAAGAUUCCUAGCUAUUUGAACAUGUCAAAGUUUUAUCUAUUAAAAGCAAGUGAUAUCAGUGGAGUAAGAUCCUUUUAAAUGUGCAGAGACCCACACUAUUUCAACAGCUUUUAGAUAUUUUUUGUCUGUUCCAAAAGUAAAUAAACAUGACUUUCUUGUUUUCUGUAUGUAUAAACUGUAAAUAUUCAUUUUGACAUAGGAAGAACUUUGGCUAGGAAUCAGUUCUCGAAUAGUGUUUGUUUUAAGGAAUGAAACAAUUAAAAUUUUGAAUACUUCAUUAUUAAAAUUGGAUAGAAUUUUAACUCUUAAGAUAUUUGUGGGCAGGGGAAAUGUCUAUUUAGGUGUUUACAUUAAACUAAGUGGUAUGAAAGUUGUAACUGCAACUACAUAGGCAUUGGUAUGAAUUCUCAAUAAGAAUGCAAUUUAACAGUCAAGUGCAGUAUUCCUUUUUGAUAUCUUUUAUUUUGCAGCUGGGCCAAAGGCACAUGAUGUAUCUAAUUAGUUUAUGUUUACAUAGUAAAAUAUAGGAAAUAUCUCUGCACUAGACUGUACUUGAAUUCUGAGCAUUAUUUAUACUUGUAAAAUGAUGAUAUAUAAGUGAAUUUUGUGCUUUUGUGUGUAUUUUGUUAAGGAAAAUAAAGAUAAUCUGGCAGCAGUUUCUUUUUGUUAAAUAACUAGUCUUAUUCAAAUAUUAUCUUGGUGGAUUACUUUGCUACCUUGUAAAUCUUAGUAGAAAGAGCUCACAGUACAAUAAAUCUGCAGAUUCUUCUUAGAGCAAAUUAUAAUGCUUUUAUCAGACUUGUUGCCUCUCAGGUCCUGAGAAAUAGUGACAUAUAGAGGUUCCUUUCAGAAGUUAGGUUUUUUUGAUUUAGGAACAUCUUAGGUCAAUUUGCAAUUUUUAACUUUCAGAAACAAAGGAGUUUUGUGAGGAUAGGCAGUUUCUAGUAGCUCAUUGGACUUAAAAUUUGUACUAAGGAAUAACUGGGAAAA